AUCAAAGUUUCUAUCUCCAAUAUUUGUUACAAGAUUUAAUAAUUAAAUUACAACCAAACAAUUGCCUUGUGUGAAACAGAAAAGACUCGAUGGGCCAACCCGCCAGUUUACAGCAUUUAGAAAUUCAGCAAUUAAACAAAAUUAAAUCAAUUGGAUAUGUUGUUGGGAUUCGACAUGAUAUUUAUACACAAUUCUUGUAGGGUAAAUGGGUAUAAAGUAUAUUGUGUUUGUUCAAAAGUAUCUAUUAAGAGUAAAGUUUGUUUCAAAUUUUGACCAAUAACUUAUCAAUAAAUGUAGGAUGACAGUUGUGAAGCAUUAAAUUUUUCUAUGUGUGCACAAAGUGAAGAAGAAACUCAGCAAGUCUUUAAUAUACCCUGUAAAAACCAUUCCCCAUGAGUACCCAAUAUCAAAGCAGAGAUUUGUUUAUUUAUUUAUUGCCCAAACAUAUGCGUGCCAACACUCGCAAUAUGACGAGAAUCGCUUUCAGCUGUUUGGGUUCUUAGCAAAGGUAAGGGAGCAGUCCAUCAAAGUGAUGGAUGGUUCAGUUUCAUUGAGCCAGCCCCCCAUGGAAGUUUUUUCGGUGCCGAUGGAUUUUCAAUUGCAUUUUAAUCUCCCGGGACUUGGCAACACGUUAAACUUUCGCUUUCCCUCAUAGAAUGAAGAGUUAUGAUAAGCCCCUAUAUCAAGAUUGUGCCGCCAAUAGUCUGAGCUGGUCAUGAUCGGGGGCAGGAAAUGCAGCGAUGCCGCCCGGUGCCUGCGACAGCGUCCGGACACCCUUGAAUUGGCCGUUCUGGGCGGCAAUCCUGCGGAACCAGAGCUCCAAGAGGAUAAUGAUCGGACUCCAGAACUUAAGAACGGAGAUGGACCUGGGUCAGCAGCUGGCGAAGCUACGUGCUCGGCAACGAGCAGGAGAACGCGAUGGUUUCAGUUCGCCAGGAGUUCAAAAAGUCGAAGAAAACGACUGCACUGUGAAGAAGAUGAGGAGACCGAGGAGGAGGACAGAAGAAACCCCGAUAAAGGAUGCAGUCAGAGGGCGUGCCUAGCCCAACCGGAGGGUAUGAACAUUGGCAGCUCCACCCAAACCAUUGCCACGCCCCUGAUGAUGGAUGACAGCUUCUACAGUCUGGCCCCAGGUACAGCGAUUCCUUCAAGAAACACAACCGAUGACCAAGAGCAGUACAAGCAAAGGGAUCCAUCGGUGGUCUCGGAGACCAAGUCGUUGCCCAGUCUGAGACGUCUGUCCCAGAUAAGAAGGCGCCGCAGCUCUUACUACUUCUCGGAAAACGAACGCAGAAUACGCGCCAACGACAAAGAGUUCAAUGCCCAGUUCAAAUAUCACAACAAUUACAUCAAAACCUCAAAGUAUUCGCUGUUCACGUUCCUGCCUUUCAAUCUGCUUGAGCAAUUUCAGCGGUUGGCCAACUUCUAUUUUCUAUGUCUGUUGGUCCUUCAGCUGAUACCAGCGAUUUCCUCGCUCACCCCCGUGACCACAGCAAUUCCCCUGAUUGGUGUACUCACACUAACUGCCGUUAAAGAUGCCUAUGAUGAUAUCCAACGUCACUUGUCUGACUCGCAGGUGAACAAUCGCAAGUCGAAAACGCUGCGCAAUGGCAAGUUGGUGGAGGCCAAAUGGUCGGAGGUGCAGGUGGGCGAUGUCAUCCGCCUGGACAACAAUCAGUUCGUGGCCGCCGACACCCUGCUGCUGUCAACAUCUGAGCCAAAUGGUCUUUGCUUCAUCGAGACCGCCGAGCUGGACGGGGAAACGAAUCUCAAGGCAAAACAAUGCCUGACGGAGACCAUCGAGCUGGGGGAUCGCCACGAUUCGCUGUGGAACUUCAACGGCGAAAUCAUUUGCGAAAGACCCAACAACCUUCUGAACAAGUUCGACGGUACCUUGAUCUGGCGGAGUCAGAGGUUCGCCCUGGACAACGAGAAGAUACUGUUGAGAGGCUGUGUUCUCCGGAACACGCAGUGGUGCUAUGGCGUGGUCGUCUUUGCCGGAGUGGACACCAAGUUGAUGCAGAAUUCCGGAAAGACGCAGUUCAAAAGCACUGGCGUUGACCGCCUGCUUAACUUUAUAAUCAUUGGGAUCGUCCUCUUUCUGGUUUCAAUAUGUGCUCUUUUUGCAAUCGGCUGUGCCAUCUGGGAGGGCCUGAUUGGCCAGCAUUUUCAGCUGUACCUGCCCUGGGAGCACAUCAUACCCAAGGAUUACAUACCCACGGGGGCCACCGUCAUCGGAUUGCUGGUUUUCUUCUCGUAUGCCAUAGUCUUAAACACAGUUGUGCCAAUCUCUCUCUACGUUUCAGUAGAGGUAAUACGCUUCGUACAAUCGUUUCUCAUCAACUGGGAUGAAGAGAUGUACCACGCGACCACCAACACCUAUGCCAAAGCCCGCACCACCACGCUCAACGAGGAGCUGGGCCAAAUCCAGUACAUAUUCUCGGACAAGACGGGCACCCUAACCCAGAACAUCAUGACGUUCAACAAGUGCAGCAUCAACGGACGCAGCUAUGGCGAUGUGAUUGACCUGCGGACUGGCGAGCUCGUCGAGAUUACCGAGCAGCAAACAAUUUUCCAAAAUAGCAACACCAGCAUCAGACCCAGCCCCGCAGGUGGAGCUGCGGCAGCACCACCUGCAGCACCACCUCCCAUCAUCCUAGUGCACAAGGCCGAGGUCCAUGCCAAGAAGAGUUCUCUGGUGGUCACAUCCUCGGGUGAAGCGCAAGUAGCCAGCAGCCCCAUAGGCCCGAGUUCGGACCUCGAGUACUCGGCUCCGCCUUUGGACGCCACUGAAAGGCGGCCGGGACUCAAGCAAGUGCACUACUCGGCACCAAGCAGGAGUAAGAAUGAGGACGCGAACGCGGGUGGCUUGUCCCCCCGGCUGGCCGGUGGAGGAGGAGGUCUGACUCCACCCAUCUGCAAUGAGGCACGCAGGAGCAGCGGCGGCUUUAAGAGGACUGGAGCAGGAUAUAUGCAGCGACAAUUAUCCCGCACAAACAGCUGCGACAAAGUAAAGAUUUUGCAUGACACUGAGCAGACUGAACCACACAACAUGCACCAUCCAAAGCACCACCGCAAGCGAUUAGUCAAGAUCCGGUUCAAGAAAUCCCCAUCAACAGUCACGCUGGGGGUUCCCUUCUGCCAACUCGAGCACCACCAUGAAAGGGAACCAGAAUCCACACUGCACCUAAGCCACUCGAGCACCACAAAGCACCACCACAAAACAUUUGCCACCAAUUGGAGUUCGUCGCCUCAGAGAGUGCACGCCCUGCAAAGUGUGGACUUCUCGGCCAAUCCGCACCACGAGAGCGAAUUCCGCUGGUACGAUCGUACGUUGCUGGACGCCGUCCGUUCGGAUGAGGAGCACUCCCACGUGUUUUUCCGUCUCCUGGCCCUCUGCCACACGGUCAUGGCCGAAACGGUGGACGGAAAAUUGGAGUACCAGGCCCAGAGUCCCGACGAAGCCGCUCUCGUCUCGGCUGCUCGCAACUUCGGCUUUGUUUUUCGCACACGAACACCGAAUAGUAUUACCAUCGAAGUGAUGGGGCAGUUGGAGGAAUAUGAGCUCCUAAAUAUUCUUGACUUCAACAACAUCCGCAAGCGGAUGUCUGUGAUCCUCCGACGCGGAGACUCAGUGGUGCUCUACUGCAAAGGAGCAGAUAAUGUGAUAUACGAUCGUCUGCACGGCGGACAGGAAGAUCUGAAAGCCCGCACCCAAGAUCACCUCAAUAAAUUUGCCGGCGAGGGACUGCGCACUUUAGCUCUGGCUGAGCGGCGUUUGACCCAGCAGUACUACAAUGAUUGGAGGUUGAGGCAACAGGAGGCUGCUCUUUCGAUGGACUCGCGAGAGCAGAAGUUGAACGCCAUUUACGAGGAGAUCGAAAGCGAUAUGCAGCUGGUGGGGGUAACGGCCAUUGAGGACAAACUGCAGGAUGGCGUGCCCAAGUCCAUUGCUAAUCUGCAAAAUGCAGGCAUUAAGAUUUGGGUACUCACUGGCGAUAAGCAGGAAACUGCCAUCAACAUCGGCUACUCCUGUCAACUGCUCACUGAUGACCUGGCUGAUGUAUUCAUUGUAGACGGAAAUUCCGUGGAGGAGGUGGAGAAGCAGCUAAGACAGUUCAAGGAGUCCAUCAAAAUAUACUAUCGAUUCAGACCAGGAGGCAUCGAUCCAUUGGACCAUUUUAACAGCGACAGUAAUAUGGAUCCGCUGAGUGUCACCAUGACACAAACCUCCGCCUUCAUGCAGGAGACGAACCUACCGCCCACGCCGCCUCCACCGCCUGCCAUUUCGGUGGUUACCUUUAGGUGGGAUGACAAAAUUAAGGAUAAUAAGGGCGGACCGGACAGUGCUGAAUGCAAUGAUUUAUUCGGCGAUGAGAAGAGGAGCGAGGAUGGGGGCUGUGCCUCCAUUUUGAUCGAUGAGAACACCGGCUUUGCCCUGGUUGUCAACGGUCACUCUCUGGUGCACUGCCUUUCGCCGGAGCUGGAGACCAAAUUCCUGGACAUCGCCUCGCAGUGCAAGGCGGUAAUCUGUUGCCGGGUAACGCCACUGCAGAAGGCGCUGGUCGUCGAGCUAAUUAAGCGUGCCAAAAACGCCGUCACCCUCGCUAUUGGAGAUGGUGCCAAUGACGUGUCCAUGAUCAAAGCUGCCCACAUAGGCGUGGGUAUUUCCGGGCAGGAGGGACUUCAGGCUGUCCUGUCCAGCGACUACUCCAUUGCCCAGUUCCGGUACCUUGAGCGAUUGCUGCUGGUCCAUGGUCGAUGGUCCUACUACCGCAUGUGCAAGUUUCUACGAUACUUUUUCUACAAAAACUUUGCAUUUACCCUGUGCCAUUGCUGGUACUCGCUCUUCUGCGGCUUUAGCGCUCAGACGGUGUUCGACCCGAUGUUCAUUUCGGUCUAUAAUCUGUUUUACACAUCCUUGCCGGUUUUGGCAUUGGGCGUCUUCGAGCAGGAUGUCUCGGACAAGAACAGCGUGGAGUUCCCACGUCUCUACACUCCGGGCUUAAAAAGCGAGCUGUUCAACAUACGCGAGUUCAUCUACAGUGUGUUACACGGUGCUUUUACAUCGCUUGUCCUAUUCCUGAUUCCUUACGGCGUAUAUAAGGAUGGCGUCUCGGAAAACGGCUACAUUUUGAGCGAUCACAUGACCCUGGGCGCCGUUGUGGCCACCAUACUCAUAGUGGACAAUACUGCACAGAUAUCUUUGUACACCUCUUACUGGACCGUUGUCAAUCAUGUGACCAUUUGGGGUAGUUUGGUUUGGUACUUUGUGCUGGACUAUUUCUACAACUAUGUCAUUGGAGGACCUUAUGUGGGCUCAUUGACACAGGCAAUGAAGGAUCUGACUUUCUGGGUCACCAUGUUGAUCACAGUGAUGGCUCUGGUGGCCCCUGUCUUGGCCUACAAGUACUAUCUGCUGGAUGUGCAUCCGAGCCUGUCCGACAAAAUACGUCAAAAGUCCUUAAAGAAGAUACAUUCGAGGGCCUCUAGUGAUGUGAGACGAACAGCUUCAUCGCGUCGCGGUCGUCGCUCCGUGCGAUCGGGAUAUGCCUUUGCCCACCAGGAGGGCUUUGGCCGUCUGAUCACCUCUGGCAAGAUCAUGCACAAACUGCCUCAGGACUUUGCCUUCCCUCUGGGUUUGGGUACCAAGAAGACGCAGGCACUACACAACAACCUGAACUCGGCUGAUGGACAGGCCUCCAAGACCAACAACGUGUCGGGCAAGCAAACGGUCAACAACAACACAAAUCUGCGACAGAAUCAGAACCACUCGUCGAUGGCGGAUAUAACGGCUGAUGGGCGGGGCACAGGGAGCGAGGGUGGCAGGGGCAGUGGCGGCACAGACGACAUGAGUCCUCGUGCCCCCUGCCAGGACUUGGAUACGAUUAAUCUCUAAGCUUUAGAUGCAGGUGCUAGAUCGGUAGCGGGUUCAGUAACAAACACCAAAAACUAUAAUGAAUUUAAGUCAGUGAAUAUAAGGAUUAGUUUAAAGUUUUAGUCAGAAAAGAUUAGUCAGAAAAAAAAACAACUAGUAUUAUUAUGAAUGUUUGUGUAAUCCCCUUUUUUACUAUUUGACUUUAUCUAUAGGUCUAAUUUUGUCAGUUAUCAUGCUGAAAGUAUUUUUUACCAGUAAUCAGUAAACCAUCACCCAAAGUCAUUAAAACCCAAUAAUGUUUAAUAAGGGCUUAGCUAGCGUACCCUCCAAUCGGAAUUCAUAGAACCCAUAAGUAUUUCAUGAAAUUUACCCAAUAUUGACUCAAAAUUCCGGAUAAAGAACAGCAUUACCGUUUAGCCCUAUCCUUUCCUGUGACAAUCCAGAAAUAUACUCCUACUCCUAGUAACCUCAUAUGAGCACAACAACGUCUUCUUUCACGUAUUUAUAUCAUUGUUUAUUGCAUUUAAGAGAGUGAGCCCCCUGAAUGAUUGAAUGAGUGUUUGGUUUGUAAGAUCUAGUGUAGGAAAUAUUAGUUUUAAAUGGUCUUCGGGAAACUGAAAGUGUACUUAAUUGCUUAAAGAUGUGCUGUGUGCUUAGCCAAUAAAACUGCGGUGUCAAUCACCGCUCAGAGUAGCUUAUCUACCUAUAGCUGAACGAAUUAUCGUCUCAAAGUCCACAGCUAUUUUCUAUAUACUCCCCCAACAAAGACACACAACAACACAUAGAAGAGUCCACACAUCUGUGUUCCUAAUUAGAGUUGUAGAAAUAAAGCCUUCAUAUGCCUUAGAGUGUCCCUAGGGUUAAGUUAUUUUUGCAGUAUCGGGUUUUCAUGUUAGGACUCCCAUUAUUUGGUUGUUAGAGAUGGGCAUUCGAAUAAGCGGGUUGUGGGUUGAAACAGUAACAAAGGUCUAAAGUGAUUUAUUAUUAGCGUGCCGGGGCUUAAAAAAGGUACUUAAACGUCGCUGUUUUAUAAAGAAAGUAUAUACAAUAGAAUGUUUGGAGUACAUAUAUUUUCAUUACAAAAACCAAACUAUUGAAAAUUGUUGCUUUACAAGAUAAUAAGUGAAACAAAAAUUUAAAACCAAAUAAAGAGAAAACAUUUUA